AUGUCAUCGCCUUUAUCGUCGUCGCCCUCUACAGGAUCAACAACGAAUUCAUCUGCUUGCAACCGCGUCUUCGCUAUUCCCAAUAUUGUCGAAUGUAUUAGUCAUUCGCUCAAUUUCAAAACCAUAACUGCUGCAGCACGCGUCUGCCGAGCUUGGCAUACAGUUUGGCUGCCAAUUAUCUGGCACACGAUCAACAACGGUCGGCAGUGGCACCGAGAAGACUUUUUAGAGGCAUUGGGUCGACACGGUCACUUAAUUCGUGUCCUUCAAUGUUCGCGCUAUGACGAUAUUAGUCUAUUGGUCUCGGAUCCUAGUCUCAGUUACCACUGCAAAAACCUGAUCACUCUGGUCAUGCCAAAGACCACACACGCAAACCAGUUGAACCAAGCGAAGAUCAUCCGACAGAACCCAGGCUUACAAGACCUAUCCUUGGCAUUCCAUGAUGACCCCUCGAAUGACUACAGUGACCUUACUCAUGCUGUCAGUGAGCUCGGUAUGCUACGAAGAUUAGCCUUUGAUAAAAACCAGACUUUACAGGUGGAGACACUCGAGACUAUAUUGCAAGGCUGUGCCUCAUUGGAAGAGCUAUCCUUUAAAGGCGUCUAUUUUUUCCUCAAACACCCCUUCGGUUCCGGUGACGCCUUUGCAUCUAAAUGGUUGGCCAUCUCCCACACUGAGGAACAGACCGCACCUGCCUCUCUGUCGCAUGAUGUGGCCGUCCAGGAGAAGAAGGCUUUCUCGGGAAUCAAGAGCCUCCAUAUGGAUGAUGUCGCAUGCUCGCAGAACCUUAUUCUGAACCUCACCAGCCGUUUUCCGAACCUUGAACGGCUUUCCCUUCAAAUGACCUCGGAGUUGUACUUUAGCGAAGACUUUCCAUCCCGGCUAGCACAGCGAAGCCCUCAUAUCAAAUGGCUGGAUAUCUCCAAGACAGAGGACAUGGAGGAUUCAACCAUGGCGGCUUUGAUGAGGAGCUUGCCAGAGCUUCAAACUCUAAUUGCUGGUCAAACAAGGUUCAGCGAUAUGAGUUUAAACGCCUUGGUUGAGUGCUGUCCUAAUUUGGAAGAGUUGGAUAUUAGAGAGACCUAUGGUCUUGAAUCUGAGAGUGUCCAGAGAUUGCUGAAGAAAUGCCAGGCCUUGAAGUCAUUGAAUGCUUGGGACACAUCCGUUAAUGUGCCCAAGAUGAUCAUGGAGGCAUAUAGAUCACAACCGAUGACGGAGGAGGGUCAUCCUGCUCUACCUUCUACAUCUACUUCUUCAGGGGUUGCUAUUCCUGGACUUUGGGCUUGUCAUGGAUUGGAGUCUUUGACACUGAACUUCUGCUAUGAUCGACCGUCGCUGACGAAUCAAGAACAAAGAAUGAUCCCUCCUGCGAGUGCACGCCGAUACUUACUUGAACAGCUUUCAAGGUUGACCAAGUUGCGGAACUUGAGUAUCAGGACGACCUAUUUCGACGACUACGGCAACAAUGAUGAGGAUGAUGAGGAUGAUGAUGAUGCUGACACUCCAGAAGAGGCGAAGGGUAGCGAGCACAUGCUACAGAGGAUCCAGAAAGACAUGUCUCUGCUUGCGGUGGACAAUCUGAACUCGACUGAAAGUAGCAAGGAAGGAAAAGAAGAAGAUACUGAUGAUUCGGAGCUAUUCAAUAUUACGUUUUCGAUGUCUUCAGGUCUGGCAAUACUGAGUCCAUUGAAGCAGCUUCAAUCGUUAAUUUUGGCUGGUGUCCAUCAUGCAGUAGGGCUGGAUGAGAUCCAAUGGAUGUGUCAGCACUGGCCUAGACUGGCUCGCAUUGAGGGACUUUAUUGGGAUGAAGAUUGGGAUGAGGAUAAGCUUGUCCUGUCUUGGCUACAGGAAAAUAGGCCUAAAAUUGCAAUCGUUGAGUAAUAGAGGAAGCUACUACAAUAGACUCGUAUGGGCUACGAAGAGAUACAGC